UAACCACAGGAGGGCAAGGAGAAGGGGGCAGGGCGGGCUCUCGGUAGGAGGAGGAGGAGCAGGGUGCGCUGCCUGUACACAAUCGAAGGCAGCACGGAGUGAAGCAGCAUCUGUAUGAGGAGACAGAGGGAGGGAGGGAGAGAAUCAACCUGCAUGGAAUGGAGCAGCGCUAAAGCAGCACUAUCGUCAAGACUGCCACCGCCUCCACCAACGCUGCCCCUCUGGAUGGUGUGUUAAUGGAAGACGCUCAAAGCAGCUCUGUGCUGCCCGAGGGACCAGCUGCGUGGAUCCAGUUACUCCUCUGAUACGAUGCUGAGAGCAGGGGGAGCAGCCACCUCUCUCGCACUGCUGCUGCUGCUGCCACUGCUGUGCUGCUGCCACAUGUGCCACUCACUGCGGGUUCCGAAACUCUCCUCCUUUGCAAAAGCAGAAGACAAGCUCUUCAAAUUCCUCUUUGGAAACUACCAGAAGUGGGUCCGUCCAGUGGAGUACCUAAACCAGACCAUCAGUGUGAAGUUUGGACUUGCCAUAUCCCAGUUAGUUGAUGUGGAUGAGAAAAAUCAACAGAUGACAACCAAUGUGUGGAUGAAACAGGAGUGGAUCGACCGGAAACUCAGAUGGAACCCUGACGAUUAUCUGGGCAUCACAACAAUCCGAGUCCCUUCCAACCGGAUCUGGCUCCCUGACGUUGUGCUGUACGAUAAUUCAGAUGGGCGUUUUGAGGCUACGGUCACCAAGGCGGUCGUUAAGUACAACGGAACCAUAUCAUGGACACCACCGGCAAAUUACAAGUCAGCCUGCACCAUCGAUGUCACCUUCUUCCCUUUUGAUCUGCAAAACUGUUCAAUGAAGUUUGGCUCAUGGACAUACGAUGGCUCCCAGGUGGACAUAACUCUGGAGGAAUUCCAUGUGGACAAGAAGGACUAUUUUGACAACGGUGAAUGGGAGAUUGUGAAGGCCACAGGCAGCCGUGGUCUAAGGACAGACAGCAGCUCCACAUAUCCCACUAUCACCUACUUCUUCAUCAUCCGCAGGUUGCCUCUUUUCUACACGCUCUUCCUCAUCAUCCCCUGCAUUGGCCUCUCCUUCCUUACAAUCCUCGUCUUCUAUCUGCCUUCCAACGGGGGCGAGAAGAUCUCUCUCUGCACCUCAGUCCUGGUGUCUCUCACAGUUUUCCUCCUGGUCAUCGAGGAGAUCAUCCCUUCCUCUUCGAAGGCUAUCCCUCUGAUCGGGGAGUACCUGGUCUUUACUAUGAUCUUUGUCACGCUUUCCAUCGUCAUCACCGUCUUUGCCAUCAACAUCCACCAUCGCUCCUCUUCUACACAUCACAACAUGGCACCCUGGGUGAGGAGGAUCUUCCUGCACCGCCUGCCCAAGCUGCUGUGCAUGCGCAGUCACGCCGACCGUUACGCAACAGCCGGAGUACCAAGCACGGGGGGAGAAGACAGAGGGGGCAGGAUGAAGGACUCAGCACCUGAACUGACUUCUCUGCUCUACACCAAACACAACCUGCAAGCAGCUUUAGAAUCCAUUCGCUACAUAACCAUGCAUGUGGUUAAAGAAAACAAGGUCAGAGAGGUGGUUCAAGACUGGAAAUUUGUAGCACAAGUCCUGGACCGAGUGUUUCUUUGGGCCUUCCUCCUGGUGUCGAUCCUUGGCUCUGCUCUCCUCUUCAUCCCGGUUAUCUACAAAUGGGCCAACAUCAUUGUCCCAAAGCAUUUUGGAAGUACCCUCUAAGAACCAGAGUUUAACUUAUCAGAAUUGCAGGCAAAGCACAUUUACAAGUCGUUAUGGGUCUUGCGUGAAAUUUGAAAGACUGAGAUACUGUGAUUACCACUCGGAUAAAUGUCUGCUCUGGUUAUCCAGUUAUUCCACAAGCCACACCCGUGCCAGAGAUAAAGCUGCAGAUUUGGGGCGUUGUUAGCCGAGUUGAAUUCUGUAUUUCUGAGUUUGAAGGUUAAUGAAAAGAUCAAUUGAUAUAUUAUCAUACAAAAAUUGUCCAUAUCCCAUUUUUUUGUCCACAUCCCACACGUAGGUACAAAAUGGCAGUCCCCACUAAUGGCUAAUGGAGUUUAUGCAAGUUGAAGGUCACAUUAUACUUUUCCAUUCAGUUAAAUUAAUUCCAUUUCAAUCUAGCUUUAUUUGUCAUAUCUCUAACGGGAUUGUCAAAUACACUCACACACAAUAGGGAGUAGAAUACCAUUUAACAUACCACCUGGAUAAUAGACCAAUGUAUCUCAUUUGCAUAAUUCAAGGUUACCAAUGGUUCAACUUUGCUUCUCUGUCAUUUUCACACAUGGGUUGCAGGGUUGUUAACAUGAUAUGAUAAAGAACAAAAGAACAGAACCGCUAAUCCUUCUUAUAAAGUUCAUAUCCCUCAAUUCAAUUUUGUCUGUACUUUCAAAAGACCACAGUUACAUUUACAGAGCCAUUAAAUUAUAAUUCAGAUUAGUCAUGCUGAUACAACAUUUAUCUUUAGGGACACUCAUGGUUUAACACAUUCUCUCUUUUUUCCUCUUGACUAUGCGCGGAAAGGAGAUUUGGACAUGCCCAGACUUGAGUUUCUCUGGUAGCUCUUCCUUUUUGGCCUCUGAACAAAUCCCACAUUCUUUAUGGGUGCUGGAACAUGCUCCAAAGCAACAGAUUGGUGCAGAGGCACUGUGGGCCCUGAGUGUUUUUUACCCACAGUGGCUCAGCACAAACCUUAAUUCCCUCAAAUCUGUCUUCAUAUGCGAUUGAUUUGAUUUGGUUCGUUCCUCACGUGAUGUACUAUGGAGAUUUGUAAUGAAGGGCCUACGGUUCACUACACCCCUCCCUCCAUUCACUGUCUGUUUCACAACAGCUGAAGAGCUUAGUCAUUGGUUGAGCAUGCUCUGCCUCUUCGUGGUUGUGUCUUUCUAUUACAGCUGAAAAAAACAAACAUUAAAGCAGUGAUUGCAGUGAUACAAUCUGACAUUCUAUUUCCAAUUGUUGCUUCAAUACAAGUUCUAAACAAUAACAAGCAUGGAGUAAAAAGGUUUGGUGUUGUUUUUUGGUCUUUUAACGUAAAGCAAAGAAAGAUGGAUGAAAUUAAAGAAAUAGGGAAGGAGAUCCACCAGAAAACCGAAUAAAAUUGAUAUGGCUUA